AUGACUUCCUUACCAAAUGCUCAUAUACUUAGCAUUUAUAUUCUCCUUAUUGUAUUCUUUUAUGAUAAUACAAAUGGAUUUAAUGCCGAAGAAGACAGACUUCGAUACAGUUUUUUAAAACUCCUUCCACUAUUAUUUUUGGCCUUUGCUGUUCAUUUUGGAAAUGUCUCUAGUCAAUUAAAAAUAAAAGAAGACGAGAAUAAUUUAAUUACAACAGCAAAAAUAUCAGAUAAAUUUUCAAAUAAAAAACAUUUUUUGUCUGCCGCACUUUUUUCCGCAGCCCUUGGUGAUUUUCUAAUUAGUGCUUUACCUAAUCCUCAUUUGGCAUUUUCUGUUGGGGCUAUAGCUUUUGGGUUUUGUCACAUUUUUUAUAUGGUAAAUAUUUUAAUUUUUAUUUGGAAAGAUUGAGGAAAUUGAGCCCUUUGAAUAGAAAAUUGUUAAGAUUUAUGUUAAUACCCCCUGUUA